UGGCCAGCAUGCAGGCCUCCGCGGAGGCCAACUCGCGGAAUAUAACGACCAUGGAAUGGCUCUACAAGAAGGAGCCCUUAUUCACGCUUGCCCACUUCUGGCAACAGAGAGCGACUUCGGCGGAGAAAGAAAUAGCCGCGUUAAAAGAACAGCUCGCCGCAACGAACGACAACAAUUCUAAGACUGAGGGACACCAAUUGUCUCAGCCUCCGCAGGGAAGCGAUCAACAACAGGUACACGAUGCCAGCAAUCCCAGAAGGACGCCGAACAGCAACCUCGAGCAGGAGCUGCAGGCCAAAGACAAAGAGAUCAACCAGUUGGUUGAGGAGGUGUCCAGGCUACAGCAGAGUCUGCAACGCCUUCAGGAGACAAGUGCGCAAGCAACGGCGCGGCUUGAAGAGGAACUCGAAGUGCGCAGGCAGCACAUCAACAGAUUGGAGAGCAAAUUGGAACGGCAGAGGGACUACGAUGAUCUGAAGCGCGAAAUCAGUGUAUUGAGAUCAGUCGACCUUUCGCAGAUACCAACUGGCGAACCUGGAAAGAGCUUGGAACAUCUUCUUAUGGAACGUUUCAAGGCGCUCCAACAAGCCGAAAACUUGAAACCCUCCAAUACACCCGACGCACUCGGUGGAUUAUCGUCACCCCUGCAGCGCGCCUCGACCGCCUCGCCCCACGGGGUCGGAGGUGUGCCACCUACGUCCCAUGUGUCCUCCCAGCAACCACCGCCACCGCCUCCGACAGCAGCCUCCCUCCCUCCACGUUCCACCCCGACGCCCUCUUCGGCCACUUCGACGACUUCGAGCCUCCUCUUCCCGCCACCCCUCCAGAACGUCGAGACCUUCGGCUCGUUUCUCGGUGAAGAAAUCGUUGCCAAUUGGAGGCGGACAUUGGAAAGGUCUAUCAUGAGCCAACAACAGCAACAGCAGCAACAGCAGCAGCACAAACAGCAGCAACAACAGCAGCAACAAUCACAGCCAUCUCAAUUAAGCCAAUUAACUCAACAGCAACAACAAUUACAGCAAGCCCAACCGCACAUGGGUUUACACCCGCCAACAACGCCAAGUAGUUUAAAUCAUCUUCCGUCGCCGGGUGCGGAUCCAUCGUCCACUUCAAACACUCCGGUGAAAUCGAACACACCGAUCGGUACAUCCUUGGGCAGUUUAGAUGUCAUUGAGAAAGCGCCAACGCCAGUAUCGGGACAUGAGACACCAGCCCCUCCAACACCAUCCUCCACAACCGCCUUGACAUCGCCACCGAGUUUCCAGCCACCGACGUCGAUGGUGGAAACUAGUACCACUUCAGCUUCCAUUAAUGGCAGCGGUCUCACGCCCGGCAUACCAAGUGCACCGCCCCCGAAGAGUCCGCCUGAUCAAGAAUCAUGUCACAAUAAUAAUAAUAGCCAUCAUCUAGCAAAUAACAAUAUCGGUGGACUAAACGUUCUCGAUACGCUGAAGAGUCCGUUUCGAUUUGACGAUCGAACGUAUCCCUUCCGAUUCGGCGACGAGUUCGGUGCCGCCGGUAUGGCCGGUCGGCUGGGCGAAUCCCUCAUUCCAAAGGGAGAUCCCAUGGAGGCGAGACUGCAGGAAAUGUUGCGUCAUAAUAUGGAUAAGUACGCCUCACAGAAUCUUGACACUCUUCAUAUAGCCAGGCGGGUGCGCGAACUAUUAUCGAUACACAAUAUCGGUCAAAGACUAUUCGCCAAAUAUGUUCUCGGGUUAAGUCAAGGCACGGUCAGCGAGUUACUUAGUAAGCCCAAGCCUUGGGACAAGUUAACCGAAAAGGGCCGCGACAGUUAUCGGAAGAUGCACGGUUGGGCUUGCGACGAGAACGCCGUGAUGCUGCUCAAGUCCCUCAUCCCCAAGAAAGGCAAGGAACAAGGAAUGCCAGCAUUCGCACGUGGACCACAGGAUAGUGGUCCGCAAGAAAUGAAUGAUGAAAGAUUGGCACAUAUUCUGUCGGAAUCGAGCCAUAUGCAAAUGAGAGGUGAGCACGAAGUAUCGAACGAUGCUGACAGCAAGAGUCCGAACAGAAUCGGUUGCCCGAGUCCGUUCAACAAAGACAGACUGGACAGCCAAAAUAGGAGACUGAAGAAGUACGAAAACGAUGACAUUCCCCAGGAGAAGGUAGUAAGGAUUUACCAAGAAGAACUGGCUAAGCUGAUGGGCACGAGAGUGGAGAAUCUUCGUCCGCGAGAGUUCCCUAGUAGUACGCAGAGCGGUCUUCAAGGCAUCGAGCGCACUCAGGAAGACAUUCGAUUAGCAUUGGACGCUUAUCACCGUGAGCUCCAAAAAUUAAAUGCCGCACCAGGUCAGAAUCCCUCGAUGACUGGACUGCCAGGAUUGCCUGGAUUACCAGGUUUGUUGGCGCUUCAACAACAAGCUCUUCAACAACAUCAUUUAGCCGCGAAUGGCGGCGGUGGUGUUCAGGACUUGAGUUUAGGCAAAGUGGAUCCGCGCAAUAAAAUGAUAAACGGUGUGUCAGAAGAAGAAAAAGAGAAGAUGGAAGAGGCAAUGAGACACGCCGGAAGUGCAUUCUCUUUGGUGAGGCCGAAGCAAGAAUCGACAGGUCCUCAAUCGACGCCUGGAGGUUCUAGCGCGAGUUCACCGCUUGGCAAUUCCAUACUUCCCCCUGCGAUGACACCCAACGAAGAGUUCUCCAGUGCGGCGGCAGCCAGUCCUCUUCAGAGAAUGGCCUCCAUCACGAACAGUCUGAUAAGUCAACCGUCCACCCCAACUCAUCAUUCGGCCAACCAAAGACCGCUGAAAGCUGUGCUUCCUCCGAUCACGCAGCAACAGUUCGACCUGUACAAUAACCUUAAUACGGAAGAUAUUGUGAAAAGGGUGAAGGAACAACUGUCUCAGUAUUCGAUUUCGCAGCGGCUAUUUGGCGAAUCAGUAUUGGGUUUAUCUCAGGGAUCAGUGUCAGACCUCCUCGCGCGUCCAAAACCAUGGCACAUGCUGACCCAAAAAGGUCGUGAGCCCUUUAUCCGGAUGAAAAUGUUCCUCGAAGAUGACAACGCGGUGCACAAGCUCGUCGCCAGCCAGUACAAGAUCGCACCGGAGAAGCUAAUGAGGACCGGCGGCUACGGCGGCCUGCCUCCUUGCGGAACACCUAUGAAACCAAUGCCACCAACAAAACUCGUCCAAGAACAGCUUCAGAAUGCAGCGAAGGCGCAAGCCGCCACCACCGAUGAUGUUGACCCCACCCGGACCCCAUCAUCCUCAUACUCAGCUCAGCAUGCAAGAACUCCAAAAGAAACAACAGCAGCAGCAGCAACAAAUGUCACUACACUCGCCACAUCAUCAGAUGGCACCGUCGCCUCUUCGAAGUCUUCAUCCUCACAUUUCACCAAGCGUAUACGAGAUGGCCGCCCUUACGCAGGAUCUCGACACACAGACAAUCACAACAAAAAUCAAGGAAGCGUUAUUAGCUAACAACAUCGGCCAAAAGAUUUUUGGUGAAGCGGUUCUCGGUCUGUCGCAGGGCUCUGUCAGUGAGUUACUG